AUGGCUGCCGCUGAACAAGCCCAGGCUGCUGUUGUGCCAAAGGGCAAGGACAAGAAAAAGAAGAAGAUCAAGCCAGAAGAAGUGGUAGCAGCAUUGCCUCUCGCCCAGCAGAGCACAGUACCGGCUGCAGAGGCUCCACAGAAGAAGGCAAAGAAAAAGAAGACCCCAGCCCCUGACCAGCAAGUUGCCACGGAGCCAGCUCAAGCAGCUGCUGCAGCCUCACCUGGGAAGAAGUCAAAGAAGCGCAAGCUGGAGGAGACUGUCCAGCCCACGACUGAGGUCGCCGCCGAGGCAAAGGCAGAGGCUGCCUCCAACGAGCCCAGGAAGAAGAAGAGCAAGAAGGAGAAGAGGGCGGCCUUUCUGGCAGCUGCCAAGGCAGCUUCAGCUGCAGCCAAGCCUGCCUCGGAUGCUGCGGCUGCCAGCCCAGCCCCUGCUCCUGCAAUGGCAGCCGGCAGCGCUGGCACGCCCCAGAAAUCCACCAGCAAGAAGCAGGAGAUCGCAGACGCCAGGCGCAGGGCGAAGAAGCUGAAGAAGAAGGAGAAGCAGGAGAAGAAGGCAAGCAAGGCGCAGGAAUCGGCCGCCAAGGCCGCCCUGCUGAAGGCCACCAAGGAGAAGAAGGGCGACAAGUUCAAGCGCCUCAAGGCGGUUCGCGAAGAGAAGCGCGCCCUCAAGGCCCGCCUGGCCGCCGAGCAAGGCCUGCCGCCUCCGCCAGAGUGCCUCAAGAAGAAGAAGAAGCAGACCAAGAAGCAGAAGGCGGCUGCUGCAGCAGCAGCUGAGAAGGCGCAGGCUGGCACGCCGGCCAAGGCCGAGGAGGAGGAGGAGGAGAGCUCCGAGGAGGACAGCGCUGUCGAGACAGUCAGCACGCCUGCCCCAGUGCAGGAGACUGCUCCCGCCCCUGCCCCUGCCCCCGAGGUGGCUGCUGCAGAUGCUCCCGGUCCCAGCCCAGGCGCAGAGAACGGCACUUCCACAGAGAAAAGCAAUGGCAAUGGCAAGAGCGCACCCAGGCCGUUCCAGCGAGUGAACGCAGACGAGUGGAUAAACGAGAAGGGGGCAUGGGACAACUCGUACGAGGCCAACUUUGGCAACAGCGGCUGGGGUGCUGGGGCCCAAGCUAUCCUGGGCAAGGUGAGAGGGAAGGACUUCAGGCACGAGAAGACGAAGAAGAAGCGGGGCUCUUACAAGGGUGGCUUGAUCGAUAACAACGUGAACUCCUUCAAGUUUGAGAGUGAUGGGGAGGCGCUCAUCUCAGGCUCAGGCUCGUCAAAGUCCCUUUCUGAGAGCAUACCAGCCGGCACCAUCCAGUCAGAGGCCUUAAACUGCACAAAAGGCGCCCUGAUAGUGUCUGAGACCAUGCUCUGCUCCACUGGGGCACAACGCGCGGGCGAGGGGUUGCUGAUGGCGCCGCCUGUGUCAACCACAGAGGUGUGGUGA